AUGAUGGCAAAACGAACACGCCCUUAUCCUUUUUACCACAAGUCGUUCUCACGCUCUCGUCGUGUCCGAGGCGCCACCCCUGUUGAUCCAGCAUUCGCUGCAGCCAUGGCGCGCUCCAGGCUUUUCUUCGCCCUGCUCGCGCUCUCUCUGGUCGUAUCCCUCGCGCUGGCGCCGCAGUGCCGCGCGAGUGAAAUCGGCGCGGAAGGAGACCUCGAAGAUGACGCGCUGGAAGCCGCCAUUCCCUCCGACGCCUCGCCUCCAGGUGUGGUGGGGCAGCUGUUGGGCGCGAGCAGGCGGUUCCUGUGGUCGCCGCAGAUGCACCGCGAGCUGUCGUGCAGGUCGGACUGCGAGGAGAAGAACAAGGAGUGCAACGAGGAGUACAGCAAGUGCAAGCGCGAGAACAAGGACGACAAGCAUGACCACCACAAGUGCACGCACACUUACAAGAAAUGCAAGAAAGACGCCAAGAAGUGCCGCUCCAAGUGCAACUAG